AUUUUUCUUUCAACCUUUGCCCUGUUUUUUUUAUAUAUUUUUUAAUCAACUAAACUGUACACGAAUUGGAUAUACGACAGAAUACCUAACCCAUUUAUUUACCACUAGCAGCGACAAUGACAGCAUUUUAUGAGUUGAUUGACAAGGCGGUCCAGGAGGGCGUUGCACCAGGGCUGGUGCUCAUUGCGGGGGACAAGACGGAAAUUUCAGGCAAACUCAACUACAGCAAAACAUUCGGCAACACAAGUCUCAAUGGCGCCGGCGACAUCCAACAAAAACAACAACAGCCGCAGCCCAUGUCGGCAAAAGACAGCGUCUUCACCUGGAUGUCGCUGACCAAGCUCCCCACGGCGGUCGCGAUCCUGCAGCUCGUCGAGCAGGGCAGGCUCUCGCUCGACGCCGACGUGGCCGACCAGCUGCCCGAGCUGGCGGCGCAGCCCGUCAUCAACACCACCACCACCACCAGCAGUGAUGACGACGAUGAUGACGACGGCGAGGCCAAGCACACUCUAGUCCCCAGACACGCCGCCAUCACCCUCCGCCACUUGCUGUGCCACACCUCGGGCCUGCAGUACCCCUUCAUCCCCGGCCCGCUGGCCGCGUACUACGCGAGGCAGGCCAAGGCGGGCGGGGAAGGAUUCGACAUGGCCAAGCGGCGGGCGAGGGUGCAGGAGCGCUUCGGCGUGCCGCUGGUGUUUGAGCCCGGGCGAGGGUGGUGCUACGGGCCCGGGCUCGACUGGGCCGGGCUGCUCCUCGAGCGGACCGUGGGGGAGUCGCUGGAUGCGUACGUCAAGCGGUCGGUUUGGGCGCCGCUCGGGGUCGACGAGGGCGAGAUGCCGAGCUACUUCCCGAAACCCACCAGCAGUGGCAACAACGUAGCAACGAGCGCCCGCGGGCCAGACGGCAAGAUGGUUGGGGUGCCUGACAUUGCCGCGCCACCGGCGCCCGAGGCGGCGUUUGGCGGCGAGGGCAUGCGCGGCACGAUGGAGACGUUUGUGAGGCUGCUGCGGUCGCUCGCGCUGGACGACGGCGUCCUCCUCCGGCCGGAGACGGCGGCGCUGCUGUUUGAGCCGCAGCUGCGGGGCCGGUGGGACGCGAGCAAGACGGCGCUGAGAGAUUUGCUCGCCGGUGCGGACUGGUUGAGUGGAGUGGCGCCGCCGCAGGGGGAUGAGUAUGAUUGGGGCCUGGGUGGGCUCCUGGUUGAUGGGGAUAGCCACGCGUACAGGCGGCCGGGUUGCUUGAUAUGGAGUGGCAUGUUUAAUUCGAGCUGGUUUAUUGAUCGGGAAGCUGGUGUCUAUGGCGUCUUUGGGACGCAGUGUCUCCCGCCGGGUGAUUCUCCCAUACGCAAUCUCACAGAAGCCUUCCAGGAGGAGGUUUACAGAAUGGCAGACAAGUUGAGUAAGUCUAAAAGCUUACUAUAGAGGUACCCCCCAAUUAGACUCAAAAGAAAAUAAGAACCCCCAUCAUGUCCCAAACCCGGAAAUAGUUAGACCAGA